AUGAAUGAGGGAGAAGAGGUGCAGCCUGCAGGGCCUAACUUCAUGUGGACCGAAGCCUUGAACUCUUUACUCAUACAAUGCAUGGUGGAACUGAUGCAAUGGCAUCAGGUGCAUCAUGGUUCCUUUAAGAAUGGUUCGUUUGAUGAGCUGGAGAGGAUGAUUGAAGAGAAGGCUCCAGGAUGCGGAGUGAAGGUGCAUCCGAAUUGUAAGAAUCUUAACAAAAAGUUAUUCCCUCAUUAUGAUGAAUUGCUAAAGGUUUUUGGGAAAUUUGGUCCUGUAAAUGGAAGGAAGACACAAGCCGAGGAGUUAUGUGGGUUGAAGCCUGUGAUUUCCAAGGCACUGGAUGCUCUUGGCAAAAUUUUAGGUGAACAUGAGGAAUAUACUGUUAAAGAAGCCGCAUUGAUGUUAGAAAUUGGGAAAAUUGCAGGUCUGGAACGCGGCCAAGUCCUUGAUGCUGCUAUGGUCUUGGUUGAGAAUGAUAGAAAAACAAGACUCUUCUUCGCUCUCGAAAAUGAGGAGGAUCGAAAGUACUUCAUCCAGAACUUGCUUCGUUGA